CACAUAUUUUGUAAUUCGCAUUCAAAAAAUCUUUUGUUUUAUUUAGUCCAUCAAGAAGCAACGCGCUAUCAACUUGUCAAGUUUUGUUCUGUUGUAUUUUUUUGUAAAAUUAUUAGUAAUUUGUUACACGUUUGGUAUUGAAAAAAAGUGAAAUGACCUCGCAACAAGAUACAACUAAAUUACUGAUCGAACACGUCCGUGUAAGACGUUCGUUAUGGGACCAGGCGCGACAGAACAUCCCAGGCAUCAAAACUGAGCAUCAGAAAAAGUGGACAGAAGUAGCCAAACUACAUGGAUCUCCCGCAGAAGAAAUGAAGAAGAAGUGGCAGUCACUUCGAGCAAGUUUCUUGAAAAUUUUGAAAAGAAAUUCCAAUAAUUCAAGGAAUCAGAGUCGCUGGCCGUACUACCAGGAUAUGUUAUUUUUGCUUCAGCCAGAUGAUGCUGCACCAUCGACGUUGGCAUCGAUAAGCAAGAAAAUCAAAACUGAAAAAAGACAAUUGGAGGAUACUGAUGAUGAUGUAUCAUCAAAACCAGCAGCAAAAAAACAUCGUCCGAGUGUUGACGACAACAUACAAAGCAAUGUUCCAUUUGUGGAAACCAAUGCAAAUGAAGGCUUGUCUCUGCCAGUCAAAGAUGACAACAAUUCGGAACAAUUGGGAAAUGGUGACUUGCAUCAUGAGCCCAACGGUCAAAAUAUUCCGGUCGAAAAUUCAAUUGAUGAAAACUCAACUAAUCAUCAGGGCAUUACAACGGACGGGGACUAUUUGUUCCUGCUGAGUUUUUAUGAAUUUCUACACGAAAUUCCCAAUGGUCGAAAGCUACCAAUACGAGGAGCCAUUACAAAUGCUAUCGCUGAGAUAAUAGCACAUGAAAAUGGCGACGCGAGAGAGUAGUUCGUUACACAGUUUUUUUUCUGACGUUUUUUAUUUUACAUAAAUCUGAAGGUGUUAAUCACUAAAUUCUCAGGAGAAUAAUCGAAAUUAUGUUUGUGUUUAAACAAUAUCUUUAAUUGUAUCCAUCGAUGUACACAAAUAAAAACCAAAUUCUUGAUUCGCUUUGAUUGCAAUAUAGAAUGG